AUGGCACCACCUCCGCCCACGGACGUCUCGGUCCUCUGCCUCCGGCUGCACAUGCGCAAAAUGCAGACGCGCGUCGCUGGCCUCCUUGACGCGCUCGCCAAGGCCACGCCGCCACUCGAGCCGCAGUCGUCGCCGGCGAAAGGCGACGAUCUCCGGCCCGGUGAGACCGACAAGAUGAUCGCCGACCUCGUUGUCGAGGUCGAGCGCCUGAAGCACGAGCUCUCGAGCCGCGACGACGAGAACGCACGCCUGCAGAAUGACGCGUCGGCCCUCCAUCGACACAACGUGCGGCUGCAGGAGGAGAAUGCGGCGCUGCGCCUCCGGCUCGAGCACGACGAGGUCGACGCUGAGCUCUCGCCCUCUAAAACAGACGACAUGGACGACGAUCGCAGCUGUAGCAGCAACGAGCGGCCCGUUUACGAUGAUGUCGACGUUGACCGCCUCGCGGUGGAGCUCGACAUCCACACGCAGAACUUGCGCGACGAGCUCCGGCUCAUGGCCCUCGAGCGUGAUCGCCUCGAGACGGAGCGAGACGAAGCCCAAGCCGCUGCCGCGCGCGCACUUGCCGAAGGUAGUCGCCUAGCUGGUCACGCUAACGGCCAACAGCGCAUCAAAUACGUGCAAUCGCUUCGGGACGAGAACAACCGACUCACGCUGCAGCUACGCGACGCCGAGAGCCGCCUCGCCCGCCUCAAGACCGCGCCAACGCUCACCAAGCACGUUGAUGCGACCAAGCCAAGGACCACCAUAAGUAGUACAGGCUCCAAACCGCAGUUGCCUGCGAAAACAACGACGAGCGCCAAGUCGACACUGCCGUCGCAGUCGGGCGACCCAUAG